UUCACCCAGAACCCGGAAGUUUUGAACGAGGAAGUAAGAAGGUCAACUUCGAAAAGUAAAAAGUUGACAGAUAAAGAAGUUGAUUUAAUUUUCUUUAUCGAUCAAAAUCAUUGCAAAUUAGAAUAGAAAAGAGGGAGUUUGCAUAUUAUUAAGUUAUCAGUGGCAGUCGACUGUUCUGGAGUAUCGCUGACGUUUGGCAGAUUCCCGAGAUGAGCCGCCCCCGGAGAGAACUGCCCCUCCCGGGAGAUGCUGCACCCCAAACUCGUCGGCCAUUACCUGGAACUCCAGGUGAUGAUGCUAGCCGAGGACCUGCUCCUCCCCUCCCAUCAAGAGGGGGCGGGCCAGCCAGUGCCCUCCCCAGAAAAAACCUUCCAACUCCUGAACCCCCUAGUAAGCUGCCUUCACGGAACCCGCUUGAUAGACGAGAUGCACCUGCAGCACACCCUGUCCCUGUACCGCGACACGCCAGUCGCUUACCACCAACUCCACCCAAUAAGCGUCAACCUUCACCUAUACAAAAACAAGAGUCUCUGACGUCAGACGAUGGAGACAUCUACAACGAGGCUGAUGUUGGCGAAGUGUACCAGGACUGUGAUCCUGAGUUUGAACAAGACGAAUAUGAUCAAUUUGAAAUGCAGGAGGAUUCAAACGAGCAAGAGGAGUAUACAGAAUUUGAUGUUGGAGCUGAAGUAGAGGAGGAAGAAUCACAGGAGACCUAUGAUGAAUUUGAAAUCCAAGCUGUUGAGGAACAGGAAACCUAUGAGAUAUCUGAUGAUGUGCACAUGGAGCCAGACGAAGUUUACCAAGAAAUGGAUGGUCCUGAGCCCCCUCCACCACCCCCCUCCAGACCAAUCCCCCCACCUCCCAAAAACCCAUCUCCAACACCCCCUCCCCCACCACCACCACCACAGAGUAAGAGAGUACCAUUGGAGAAGAAGGCGGGACCUCCAAAACCUCAAGUUCAGAAGCAAAAGCCAGGUGGCCUUGACCUCAGUGAAGUUUUGAAGAAACGUAGCAAUCUGAGGAAAGUAGAAUCAACAGAGGAACGGCCAAUCAGUACAAAUGAUGUCAAGGAGUAUGCCACGGGGGAGGACAUGCGCUCUAAACUAGAAAUGUUUAGACAGAAGGAGGAAGCAGAUGAUGAUUCCAGCUCAAAUACAGAUCAAAUGUCUGUUCCUAGUAAUAUCCGUGAUAGGGUGAAAAUGUUACAAGGCAAUUCGCCUCCUUUCUCCCAUCCUCGGAAAGCUCCCCCAUCUUUACCACAAAAAGCUCUGCCUUUCAAUCACCAAAGUCACCCACCACCACCCCCUAGACCAGGUCCAACACCCCCUAAAACAGAUCGUCUGGCAAUACACAAUCGAUUUGGUCAUUCACCGGAGCGUCACAACAAGUCACACAUCAAAUCGGAUUCACAAGAACUACCCCCUCCCCCAAAAAUGGAGGACAUUCAGCCUGCUCCUCCGCCUAAAACAAAGGACUCCUACACAAAGGUAGACCCAACCACAAAAUCCAGUGGCAAUACUGGACAAAACGCCCCCUUAGUUCCCAACGGCAACCAGAAUGACUGGCCGGAUGACUAUGAUGAUGAUGACGAUGGGGAUAUUUAUGACGAUGUUGCUGCGGCAUUGGCUGAUCCUUUGGGAGCCUUUUCCUGGUACCACGGCGAGUUAGAGAGAGAGGAGGGCAACAAAAAACUAAAAAAAAUCGGCAAGGAUGGUUGUUUCCUGAUGAGGAAGUGCAGCAACAAAAAGAAGGCGGAGACACAGCCAUACACACUUAUGGUGUACUACUCCGGUUACAACUACAACCUCAAAGUGCGCUUCCGGUCUGACAAACGUUACGCCCUGGGAGAGGAAAAAGCAGAUGAAGUGACAUUUGAAACAGUGCCAGAACUCAUUAGCCAUCACCAGAGUAAUGAGGUCAUCCUAGUGCACAAAUCAGGAAAGCAGUACAGCACUCUGUUGACAGGGUCCCCUUCCUGACAAUAACAUUGCUGUCCUGAGAUUUCUAAAAGUCUAUAAAAAUAAUUAUUUAAAUUUAAAUAAUUAUUGAUAUAUAUACACAAAGAGCAUUAAUUUUGUAACUCACUUGUCAAUAAAGGCUCAUUUGACCUUCAGGUCUGACCUUGAAAGAGGACACAAAGCCAGAAUGAGAAAGGAUGACAUUUUAAUUACAUGUAUGUAUGCAAUAUUUUUGAUGCACUUACAUGUAUUAUCAAACCUAAGUGAUGGCAUCACUGUAUUUUGCUAAUUGAUAAUGAUGUCAGUGAAACACUUCAGUGUGUAUUUGAUUUCAUUGCAACCUUUCAAUUUAUCAUCAUUUUAAUUAUCAUUUGAUUACAGCAAAACUCUGAAUUUUUCUACUGCUUAAUAGAAUCUGUUGAAAUGAGAUAAAGUAAAUGCAGAUUGCCUUGAAAUAUCAUAAAAGUUUUAUCUGCAAUAGUUAAAAAAAAAAUACACUUAAAAAUAUGCACAGAUAUUUAUAAUACCAGCUAUCCUUCACUGUUUCACCAAUCACUUGUAUAAGUACAAGUAAAGGUCAAGCUUAGAAUCUGCCUUUACUUACCAGCACUCUGAUUCUCAGUCACCGGACUUACGGUCAGUCUACUGAUCUCAGUCACCGGACUAAUGGUCAGUCAGUAUUGGUAGUAAAGAUUGUUAGUUUGUGUAAAUAUUGCUGUCAUGGUCAGACACAUUGUCAUGUUGUAGUAGUGAUAACUGUAUUUAGCAUAAUAUCAUAUCAUGCCGAGGCGUUUAUAUUCAGCAUUUAUUUUAUAUAUAUAUAUUAUAUACACAUGCCAUUUGGAACACUUAAGCAUUCCAUUCUACUUAUUCUUUACUCUACAGCCAAAUGUUAAAUAUGAUGUAUCUAUGCAAAUAAGUAGGCAAAAGUAGGGUUAUGUUUAUCUGAGUAUAAAUAACUAUGUUUAUGCCCAGGAAAGAAUUUUUUUUCUGUACUAUAAUGUAUUGAAACUCAGAUUAAUGAAGAUCAUGAGUUGUGUCCCUUGAGUAGUCUCCCCUGAAUGCUCUUCCCUGAGGUCCUGCAAUCUCCACCCAGAGUUGUCUUUCCUUAAGCUCACUGACAGAGUGUAUGGAAUGAAAACUCUGUGUAAAGGUUGGAGGUCCUGAUCAGAAUGGGUUUCUAAAUAUUUGUAAUAAAUAUCUGGCCAGUUUUAUAGCCGGCUGUGAAGACUCAAGAAGGUGUGCUUCUCUCAGAAAAUCCUACAUCCAUCGAAGACACAUUGAUCAAACCAUUGUUAUAUUUUUUGUCAUUUUACAUUGCUGUUUUAACCCUACUGUGUGUGUUCACGUUGUAGGUAAGUUGAGUAGACAGGUAGAGUACUGAUGGAGAAGUUGUAACUUUGAGGGCCAGCACAAAGUAAUCAGCUUUAUGUAGAGUUACAUCAGCACUCUACAAACAUAUCAAAUAGUCUUUCAUUUAAUUUGUACAGAGUUACACUACCUUGAUAAAAUAUGAAGUUAUAUGUUGUUAAGCCAGAAUGUGUUUACUUACAAAAUGAUAUCUACAAAGUACUUAUCACACUACAGUGGGACGCUACAAAUUGUUACAAAAUAUUACAAAAUUAUUUCUACAAAGUACUUAUCACACUACAGUGGGACGCUACAAAUUGUUACAAAAUAUUUUACCCAAUUACAAAAUGAACUUAAAUUUUACAUUGCAUUUUUGUGCGAAUUUACAAAACAAUCAGUUUACAGUACUCACAAUGUUACAGGAUACAUGUUAACCUUGUCACGUAACAGUGUAUAAUGUUAACAGAUAACUUUGUGUAACACUACAAUAUUUUAACAUUAUUACUUUAAAAUGUAAUUUAUAUGAUAAAUCUGUAUAAUGUCAAUCUACAAUAUUACAAACAAACAAACAAACUACAGAUGUAUUUCUACUUUGUUUAUUAUAUUAGUAUUUCAUUGAAUUAACAGUUUAACAACAUUAUUGAAAAUAGUUUAGAUAAAAUACAAAGAUACAAUGAUGGACCCACAGUUGAACACUACAAAAUUUUCAUAUUUUCACAGGAAAAUCACAUGCAAGUAUGUAAUAAUGAUGAUUGAAUGAAUUGCAUAUUAAGAUUUAUUUGAUACAGUCAGUAUUACACUGGUAACUGUAAUUAUCAGUCAGUAUUACACUGGUAACUAUACUUAUCAGUCAGUAUUACACUGGUACUGUAAUUAUCAGUCAGUAUUACACUGGAACUGUAACUAUCAAUGGUUUCAAUGUCCUAUUUACUCGUUAAACCAUUUGCCAUAUAGUGGUGAAAUGGCUACAAAGACCUUGUGUGUACAUAAAAACUCCCCAUGCUCAAACUGGGUUUCUAUGCUUAAACUCAAUUCCUCAUAUAAGUGAGAAGUACUUUUUGUAAAAUGGUACGUAAUUUUAUAGUCUGUAGGUGUAGAUAUCUUGUAUUUACCACAAUUUUCAUGCUAAAUGUUCACGUUUGUAGUAGUCUCAUGAAUAACAAGAAAAAUGGCUGAGCUCAUAAUCAGGGUUAUGAGUAUAAAAAUACCUUUUGGAAUAUGAGCCCAGUUUUUCAUGAUAUUCUUUGAGAUAUCCUGGAGGUCAUUUAGACUUCUAUAGACUAGCUUGCUGCUAGCGCAUUUCAACAUCUAACUACAUGUUUUAUGUGGGAGUGAAGAUGACACAGUUUAACAUGGUUUAUCUGGUAUAUAGUAUUCCUUUUAUUGUGCCUGUUGGAUGGACAUUUUUGUUGAAAUAGAGAUUAUAUUUUUAUCUGGAAAGGUUUAAAGAGAUUUUUGAGUGUUGAAAUAUAUUAUCAUAAAUUUCAUCUUUUACAUUUAUAUAUACCGUAGCCAAUAUAAUGUAUGGACAAUACCUGGUACAAUCUUCAUAAAGGUAUACAAAUAUUUUCCAUAAACAUUUACAAUCACACUUGUAAAAAUAAGGAUAUUUUCAUUGUUCAAUAUUACAGAUGUCUCUACUUUGGAGGGAAACAUAAUUUUUCGCCUUCAAUUUUGACUUUGUUAUAAGCAGUAAUUGUAUUUCCUAUAUGUACCUUAUUUUUUGCUCAAAUGUCAUUCAUUGUAUAGAACAGCUUAAACAUUAGACCUUAUUAGCAUUAUUUUGUUAAAAAUGUUUUUACCACACUUGGCCUAAAAGGAUAAGUGAGUUUAAUCUGUGGUACAGCAUCUGCCAUAGGUCUUGCAUCAACUUUUUAUUUAAAACAACUUCUUCUAGAGGCCUAGGGUCAUGAUAUUUGGCCAGUAGUAUGCUGGGAUGCAGGGCUAUCAAUAUUGUUCGUAUACAUGUCCUUGACAAGGUCAACAGGGGUCAAACAUGCCAAGAUUUCUAAGGUUAGGAUUUUUGUCCUUUGGCUUAAUGAUAUACAUAAAUGACCUUGACCAUUCUGAAGGUAUCAUUAGUAAAAUAAAAAACCUUUUAACAAAGAUUUAUAAAGAUUUAUAACAUGCAGUGUAUUGUAACUCCUUGAAGGUCAUAGAUGUGAGAUGAGUAACAGGUGAGUGAUACAGGACUAUUGGGCCUCUUGUUAGGUUUUGCCACAUGAUUUCAAUCCUGUGAAAUAUUUUGAAGGUGGGCAAGUACGUUCUGGUACUUGUUGUAUUCUCAAAAGAUAUCUGUGAAACUUCACAAAGGUGUUUAGGGUAUGUGAGAUGGGACUUGUAUUGUUUGCCUUAGUAGGGUGUAUACUGGUUAUUUUAAAGGUGUGAUACAUUCUAUUGUUAUAAGCUAGAGGAGCCCGGUGUUUCAAAUAGAGUUGUAUGAGUUCGAGGCACAUUCAGAAAUUUCAGUUAUAUAUAUUAUUCAUAUCAUCAGAUAUAAAUAUGCUCCUAUAUCGGGUAUUUAGAUCUUCAACAUCAUAAAAACCGAAGAUUUUAAUGAUGAGAUUACCUUGGGCUUAACACAGGUGAACAUUACUAUGGUAGUAUUUAUACUUCAUGGUCGUGUAUUCUCGAUACAACAGCUGUUUAUACUUCUCAGUCCUAUACUCUAAAUACAUCAGCUGUUUAUACUUCUCAGUCUUAUACUCUCAAUACAUCAGCUGUUUAUACUUCUCAGUCGUGUACUCUCAAUACAUCAGCUGUUUAUACUUCCCAGUCGUGUACUCAAUACUUCAGCUGUUUAUACUUCCCAGUCCUAUACUCUCAAUACUUUACUGUUAAUACCUAAUUGAAGAAAUAUAUAUCUCAGAUGUGUCAUAUUAUUUUAUGCUUAUUCAUGCAAAAACAUUCCUUAAAUAUUCAUAAAAUUUCAUUUAUAUGCAUAAAUUUACAUUUAUAAACAUAAAUGCAAAAUAUAAAAUAUGUAUUGGUUCAUAUUUCAUAUCUCAUUUGUAACUUUUUAUUACUAAUAUCUAUUCCAGUUUUCAUUAAUCGUUUUUGGACAUUGAUGUUAAAAUUUUACGUGGCCUACAUAAUCUAUAUGUUGAUGUUAUAUUUUACUGUAAUUUUAGCGCCUCUGUCAUGUCGUCUAUUUACCAAUGUGUAUCACUGAAGCACGCUUCAGCAUAAUUAAGUCUUUGUUUUUUACCGUUGGUGCCAUUGAGUUAGUUAAGGGUGUAUGCUAUCUUACACAGUUUAUCAAGGAUUUAUGUACCAUCCCUAACACAAGUGUCUUAGAAUGGAACUCUUUUGUAAUCAUGAUAUGUGUCAAAGUAAAGUAGCUUAUGUACCUUACUAAAAUGUUGAAAUUGUAUCUUUGGGGUUUUUUUCCUCAGAUUUACAAUAUGUCAGGGGCCACCACAUAGAAUAUUUGGAGGUAAAGUUUGUUGUUCGUUAAUACUGACAGACACCAGUGUGUGCCUUCUCUACUGUCUAUAACAGUGUUAAUUAUUAUAUGCUAUGUCCCUUAGCUGCCUUGAUAUACUGACAUCUUUUAUUUACCCAUAAUGUUUGAAAGGUCAGACCAGGAAUUUAUGAAAUACAGGCUGUAUAAUUGAGUACAUGUAUGCUAGAUUACAGGUAUCCUGUCACUUUUACCUGUACCUCAUAUAUUGCCUACCUGUUCAUGACAUAAUAUCAAGAGCUUUUAUCAUAAUGGCAACUUUUAUUUAUUUGUCGAUUUUGAGAAAUGACUUUUGUGUACUCAAAAUGGCUGAUUGUGAUUAGAUGUGAUCAUGUAACCGAUUAUGAUCAGCUGCACUUUGUCAUGUGACUAAUGAUCAUCAGAUCGGGUCAUGUGACUGACUAUGAUUAGAUAUGGUCAUUUGACUGAUUAUGAUCAGCUGUUGUCAUGUGACUUAUGAUCAUCAGAUGAGGUCGUGUGACUGACUAUGAUUAGAUAUGGUCAUUUGACUGAUUAUGAUCAGCUGUUGUCAUGUGACUUAUGAUCAUCAGAUGAGGGUCGUGUGACUGAUUCAAUCAGUUGUGGUCAGUCAAGUGAUGGUAACCAGUUGUGGUCAGUGAUUGAUCAGCUGUUUGUAACUGUAGGUGUGAUAGGGAAGGGGUUUUGUACAAGUUGACAAAUAAAAUCAAUUCAUUUAU